AAGGGGAAAUAAGAGACAAGAGAGACCCUCUCAUAUUGUUUUAUAUUGUUUUAUACUCAGAAAAGGAAAGAGAAGUGAUACAAAAGGCAGGUAGCCCAGCGCCUAGGAACCAGACCUGAAACCAAGGAACCAGAUCUGAAACCAGGCCUGGGCCUGCCUGACCUAAGCCUGGUAGUUAAAAUUCCACCCCUGACCUAGCAACUGUUGUUAUCUAUAGAUUCCAGACAUUGUAUGGAAGGACAUUGUGAAACCUCCCGUUCUGUUCUGUUUCACUCUGACCAUCGGUGCUCACAGCCCCUGUCACGUACCCCCUGGCUUGCUCAGUCGAUCACGACCCUCUCACGUGGACCCCCUAAGAGUUGUGAGCCCUUAAAAGGGACAGAAGUUGAGCACCUGAGGAGAUCGGAUUUUAAGACGCUAGGCUGCUGAUGCUCCCAGCUGAUUAAAGCCACUCCCUUCAUUAUCUUGGUGUCUGAAGGGUUUUGUCCGCGGCUGGUCCUGCUACAUUUCUUGGUUCCCUGAUCGGCAAGCGAGAAUGCAGGCUCAACAGUACCAGCAGCAGCGUCGAAAAUUUGCAGCUGCCUUCUUGGCAUUCAUUUUCAUACUGGCAGCUGUGGAUACUGCUGAAGCAGGGAAGAAAGAGAAACCAGAAAAAAAAGUGAAGAAGUCUGACUGUGGAGAAUGGCAGUGGAGUGUGUGUGUGCCCACCAGUGGAGACUGUGGGCUGGGCACGCGGGAGGGCACUCGGACUGGAGCUGAGUGCAAGCAAACCAUGAAGACCCAGAGAUGUAAGAUCCCCUGCAACUGGAAGAAGCAAUUUGGAGCGGAGUGCAAAUACCAGUUCCAGGCCUGGGGAGAAUGUGACCUAAACACGGCCCUGAAGACCAGAACUGGAAGUCUGAAGCGAGCCCUGCACAAUGCUGAAUGCCAGAAGACUGUCACCAUCUCCAAGCCCUGUGGCAAACUGACCAAGCCCAAACCUCAAGCAGAAUCUAAGAAGAAGAAAAAAGAAGGCAAGAAACAGGAGAAGAUGCUGGAUUAAAAGAUGUCACCUGUGGAACAUAAAAAGGACAUCAGCAAACAGGAUCAGUUAACUAUUGCAUUUAUAUGUACCGUAGGCUUUGUAUUCAAAAAUUAUCUAUAGCUAAGUGCACAAUAAGCAAGAACAAAAAGAAAAGAACAUUUUUGUAGUAGCGUUUUUUAAAUGUAUACUAUAGUACCACUAGGGGCUUAUAAUAAAGGACUGUAAUCUUGUUUAGGAAGUUGACUUAUAGUACAUGAUAAAUGAUAGACAGUUGAGGUAAGUUUUUUGAAGUUAUGUGACAUUUUACAUUAAAUUUUUUUUUACAUUUUUUGGCCAGCAAUUUAAAUGUUAUGACUAUGUAAACUACUUCUCUUCUUAGGUAAUUUUUUUCACCUAGACUUUUUUCCCAAUUGAGAAAAAUAUAUACUAAACAAAAUAGCAAUAAAACAUAAUCACUCUAUUUGAAGAAAAUAUCUUGUUUUCUGCCAAUAGAUUUUUUAAAAUGUAGUCAGCAAAAUGGGGGUGGGGAAGCAGAGCAUGUUCUAGUUCAGUGUUGACUUUUUUUUUUUUUUAAAGAAAAGCAUUAAAACAUAAAAUUCUUUCACUUUGGCGGAAGCAUUUGUUUUCUUGAUGAAAUUAUUUUUCCAUCUGAGGAAAGAAAUACUAGGAAAAUAAAUCAAGGUGAUGCUGAAAAAAA